GGUGGCCCAGUGGCUGGCACCCGAGAGGGAGGGGGAGACGCUGUGGAUCCUGGAAAAGUUUCCUGAGCAUGUCUUCCGAGCGGAUUUGCUCCGCCGGAUGAGCCAAGGUGCUGGUGAUACAACGAGCAUGUCUCCUCGCCGCAAGUGCUCAGAAGUCUUAGAGAGAAGGAUCCGCGUCUUCCCGUUUCGCACCAACUCUCGACCGAGAAUGGGAGGUGGUGGAGCUUGCUAUGAAGUGGACCCUGACUCCGUGGUGAAGGAGGAGCGCAUGGUCUAUGCAGGCGAAGGCCGUGGCAGCUAUCAGCAGGUCUCGAGCAUGGAGUUUGCUGGCAAAGGGUCUAGCCGGCCUGAUUUGAAGAAGCAACAGGUUUUGGCUGCAUGUGUUUAG